GGUUUGAGCGGGUCUUCAGGCACGGCUUUAGUCACUCCUACAGAGGCUUUGGUGUGGACAGAUGGCCGUUACUUCACACAAUUCUAUCUUUAAGUCAACACAACUGUAUGGGGACUAAUGCGACAGGGUACAGAUCUGUCAAUACAGGCGUGGUUAGAAAGAAACAUGGCGCCGAAUUCUGUGGUGGGACUGGAUCCAACGACUUAUACCAGAACAGCAUGGACACCAUUAUAUAAUGCAUUAUCAAGAGCCAAUGUCACAUUAAGAGCGAUUGACGUCAAUCUGGUUGAUGUAGCUCGAGCAAGAAUCAACGAAACAGCGCCGCCAAGACCGAACAAAGAGCUCUUAGCACUGAACACUUCUUACACAGGAAGAGCAGCAAGUGAGAAAGUGUCUGAUCUGAUGUCUGAACUUCGAGACAAGUCAGUUUCUGCUUUGGUGUUGACGGCUCUGGAUGAUAUUGCUUACACACUAAAUGUCCGUGGAUCAGACAUACCAUACAACCCGGUUUUCUUCGCCUACCUUAUUAUAAGAACUGAUGUGAGCAACAAUAACAUAAUAUUGUUUUGGGGCAACGGCGUCUUAUCAUCAGAUAUAGCACAACACUUUUCAGCGGAGAACGUGGUAGUUGCUGUCAGACCAUAUUCAGAUGUGUUUGACUAUAUCCGGACUAUGACCAACGAAUUGCCAGCGGGCAGCACAAUUUGGCUUCCAACGGGAGCAAGCCAUGCCAUACAUUCCACAGCUGAAAUGAAUGGCAAGAAUAACAUCAUCACAUCUAUUUCUCCCGUCGCGUUGAUGAAGUGUGUUAAGAACGAAGUGGAAUUACAGGGUUUCAGAUCAGCACAUAUCAAGGAUGGCCUCGCUGUGGUCAGGUUUUUGCGCUGGAUUCACCAACAAGUUGAUACCGGUGUUAAUGUGACAGAAAUCGACGUUGUCAACAAACUGAAUGAACUUAGGAGUGAAGAAUUGGGCUAUCGUGGUCCGUCAUUCGCAACGAUCGCUGGCGCAGGGGAGAACGGGGCAAUUAUACACUACAAGCCUUCUACUGAAGGUGACCAGCGAGUAAUAAGAAGAGAGGAUAUGUUACUUGUGGAUUCUGGUGGACAGUAUCUCGAUGGUACAACUGACAUUACCCGCACACGCCAUAUGUCCUCACCGACUGAAAUGCAGCGUUUGACAUUUACACGCGUCAUGAAGGGAUUCAUUUCGCUGGCCACUGUUGUCUUUCCUAAAGGGACUACGGGCAACAUUCUAGAAACGCUCGCACGUAAAUCUCUAUGGGACGUCGGUUUAAACUAUGCCCAUGGAACGGGGCACGGCGUUGGUCAUUUCUUAAAUGUACACGAAGGACCAUCUGGAAUCGGCAGUGCGUUGAUGGCAAAUGACCCCGGAAUCGUGCCUGGAAUGAUAUUUAGCGAUGAACCUGGUUAUUACGAAGUGGGUGAAUAUGGAAUACGCCAUGAAGAUUUAGUCGAAGUCAUCGAAAUGAACCGACAGGCGAAUCAUAUUUUUGCGGAAGGUAUAGUGGGCAACUUCUCGGGCGCUGGCGUUGUUGCUUUCCAUUCCUUAACUCUUGUUCCUCAUCAGACUGCGAUACUAGAUGUCAAUUUACUAAGCGAUGACGAGAUUCGUUACCUUAAUACAUACCACGCACGAGUGUUGGAAACACUUGGUCCGAUUCUCCUCGAUCGAAAUCUCACAGAUGAUCACGCUUGGCUGAAAGCAGAAUGCGCGCCAAUUCUACGCAGCGCCGCCAUUUUGAUUAAAACCGCGCCAAUAUUAGUCUUUGUUUUAAGCCUAAUAAAUGUUUGUUUCAAUUAA